AUGACUGGUUUUCAUAGGAAUGUGGAAGAAUUGUUCCAAGAAGCAGCACCAGACAUGACACCGGAUAAAGCAAAAAUUCUGGAACGAAUUGUGAGAAGCAUCACAAAAGCCACCAACUACUACAGCAAUCCGUCAGUCCACAAGGAGCUAAUUAAUUUGGAGAAAACUGCUGAGAAGGAGUUUAGCGAAAAAAAAUCUGCAAUUGGUGGGCAAUUGCUUGAAUUCAUGAGCAAUAAAAGUACCUCGGAAAUCCUCGAUCAUUCAAAACUCUUCAACCUUCACGCCGACUGCAUUUUCUUGACGGAGCAGUUGAAAGAAGCGAAGCAUCUCAAAACCACUGCUGAAUUUGAAUAUCUACAGCAAGAUGCAUUGAUAGCGCAUCAAAAAGAGAUGAACAUUUUGAAGCACAAAAAAGAGUUCAGUUUGCAAUCGGAAAUCUUGGAAAUGUUGGAAAACGCUCAUCUUGAUAGAACUUCAGAGAUGUUCGAAGAAUCGCAUGGUCCAACUCAGACGAUCAGUGGACCGAUGUCGUUGGCCCAACACCUCAAAGAAAUCGAGGAACUUUUUCAUGAAGCCGCUCCACUCAUGACCAAUGAGCAGCUCGAGCAACUUUCCAAUAUUCAAAAAAGCCUUGUCCAAGGCACGAUAAUGAGCAUUUCGGAGGCGAACGUUCAGCAAGAGAAGACAAUUGACGACAUUCAAAAAAACAAAAGAACGAUUGUCAUGCAGCUGAUGAAAGAAACUGCAGAGCUCCUGUCUAGACGGAAACCUCGAAACGGAUCGCAACGGAUUCAAUUGGAUAUCAGUAAAGUUAAGCUUGAACUACUGGAACUGGAAGACAAUAAGCAGUACGCCGACGAGCAAUAUGUCCGCACGUCCUGCGGAAAAAAGUUGGACAGCUACAUUCAUAUGAUUGCUGUGUCAACGGCAGAAAUUAAGGACAGAGCUGCUGACUCCAGCCGGCGAGUCGAUGAGAAUUGGAAUCAUCAGCAUCAAGUACAAAAAUUCUGGAAAUCUAGUUGUCUCAGACUGUUUCAGAUGUCAAACGACGACGAUGAACCAUUUGAGAAUCUGAUGAAAGAGAUCGACAAGCUGUUUGAAGAGGCAGAUGAAAAUCGAAAACUUCAAAAGGAAGCAGACAAAGAAAUUGCAACCGCCGCCACCCGCCAAGAUGCAGUGUUUAAUGAGGAAAUGGAAGAAAUUGAGAAAUUUCUCAGCGAUAUCAGAAACGCUGAUAAACUGCAACUUGUGGAGCUCAAACUUGAUCAGAUGCAUCUACGUCGCCGACAUGCUGUUGCAACAAAACUCUUGAAUGAGGCAAUCGUGAAGAGAGCAAAGAUGUCAUUAAUCAACGAGAGGCUAAUCAAAAGAAAACAAGAAAAAGAAGAUAUUGCAAAAUUGGAGAGGGAUCUUCUGGAACACAGACUCCAGACAAGAAUUACUUUGAAAUUGAAACUCUAA